AUGAAAAUAAAAUUAAUAUUUGGAGAUUAUGUUUAUCUUUAUCAUGAUGUUUAAGAUCUGUAUUGUAUAGAUAAGUACAUUAAAGAAAGGAUUACCAAAUUACAGUACAAAAUUAAAUGGAAAGAUGAGGAUAAUGAGAUGAUAACAGUAUUUAGACCACAAGAUCUUAAAUAUUGUGUUGAUGCCACAGAAAAACUAAAUUAAACAUUACGUCUUUAUAUUUAAGAAUUUCUACCUAACUUUCCGUAACUUAAUCAAAAGCAAUAAUUUUAAGAAUCAAUGCUCUAAUCUAAUUGUCAAUAAGUGCAGGCUAGUAAUUUGAUAGAAAUAGAAAAUCUCAAACUUACAAAAUAAGUGACUUUUGCUUAAUAAUAAUAAAGCCAAGAAUAUCCAGUUAGAGAAGAAAAACAGUUUUUUUAGAACACUGUAAGAGAUGCAAUUUAAUAAGUAUAUCCAGGUUUAGAGAUAGAGUUAGAGGAUUUAAAUGAUAUGGUUAAAUCUUCAUAAAUACAAGAGAGUUAGUCAAUAUCAUUUGGGUAGUAAAUAUAAAGAUAGGAGUCUAGAUCAAAUACAUAAAAAAUGACACCUUCUUUUAAUGAAUAACUGAUAAAGGAUAAUAUCAAUGAUGAUGAUAACAAAUAAAAUGAAGCUUUGAAAUAAAGUUUGCUUAAAUUAAUAAUAAUAUAGGUGAUCCACAUGUAUAAAAUGAAAAUAACGAGGAACCUUUUUAUUGUGACCACUGCUCUGAGUUGAUCUAAAAUUAAGUAUACUUCUAAUGCAAAUGUUCAGAAUGCUCGGAUAUGCACUUUUGCGAAAAUUGUUUUAAUGAUGCGUAAGCCGACAUUCAAGGUUACUUAGGAAAGAAUCAUGAAAUAGUGAGAUGAAUAUUAAUAAGUUAUUAUUUUGG